GUCUCUGGUGCGGUGCCGGCUGGGGGGUUGGAAAAGAGUGCUGGCAGUGGUAGUGGGGAGAAUAAGGGUGGUAAGAAGGCCGAUGAUAAGAAUGUGGCGGUGUUUGGACAUCUUUACGGGCAGCAGAGACGGACGACGGUGGCUGGGGCGGGGAAGGAGGUGCAUCCGGCUGUGUUGGCUUUGGGGUUGCAGAUGAGGGAUUAUGUGGUUUGUGGGAGUAGUGCGCGGUGUGUGGCUACGCUGUUGGCUUUUAAGAGGGUCAUCGAAGCGUAUACUACGCCCAUGGGAACCUCCCUCCCUCGUCACUUGACGACCUACCUCUCCCACCAGAUCACCUACCUGUCGACCUGUCGGCCGCUGUCGAUCAGCCAGGGUAAUGCGAUCCGCGCCCUCAAGCUGGCCAUCUCGUCCAUCGACCCCUCCACGCCCGAGGCGGAGGCCAAGGCGUUCCUGGGCGAGUUCAUCGACAGUUUUAUCCGCGAGAAGAUCACCGUGGCGGACCAGGUCAUCGCCAGCAGCGCCGCGCAGAAGAUCCAGGACGGGGACGUGAUCGUGACGUUCGCGGGCAGCUCGAUCGUCAAGCAGACGCUGCUGUUGGCGCACAAGCAGGGCAAGAAGUUCCGGGUCUCGAUUAUCGACUCGCGGCCGCUGUUCGAGGGCAAGAGCCUGGCACGCACGCUGGCCAACGCCGGGCUGGACGUGCAGUACUCGCUCGUCCACGGCAUCAGCCACGCCAUCAAGGCGGCCAGUAAGGUCUUCCUGGGCGCGCACGCCAUGACCAGCAACGGCCGGCUGUACUCGCGCGUCGGCACUGCGCUGGUCGCCAUGAGCGCCAAGGAGCGCGCCGGCGGCGUCGAGGUGCCCGUCAUCGUCUGCUGCGAGACGGUCAAGUUCACCGACCGCGUCGCGCUCGACAGUAUCGUCGUCAACGAGAUCGCCGACGCGGAUGAGCUGAUCACCGCCGAGCCCAUGCAGCAGCUGACCGGCCUGCCGGACCCGGCGGCGGUGACGGUCUCCACGGCGGACGCGAAGAAGGGCGGCAGUGGUGGUGGUGGUGGGAAGUCGGCGGCGGCAGCGGCAGCGGCGGCGGCCAAUGCGGCGGCGGAGUCGAACACGCUGGCGCAGAAUGUCUCGUCGCCGUUGACGGGAUGGAAGGAGUCGGCCAACCUGCAGUUGCUGAAUAUCAUGUACGAUGUCACGCCGGCCGAGUAUGUGGAUAUGGUGGUCACCGAGAUGGGCAGCUUGCCUCCGAGUGCAGUACCGAUUGUGCAUCGCAUGAGUACGAAUUUGUGA